UGCCGAGGUUAUAUAUAUCGGGCGUUGUGCAUUUCCCCUUGUUCUUGUAGUUAAGAUGGCGAUGCUGAGCUCAUGCAGGAUCCUAUCCACAGCCACGCACCACCCGGGCUUGGCUGCGCUCUCCGCCCGAGCUAGCUCGAUGUGGUCCCAUGUAGAAAUGGGCCCCCCCGACCCCAUCCUUGGGGUCACUGAAGCUUUCAAACGUGACAACAACCCCAAGAAAAUGAACCUGGGCGUUGGGGCGUACCGUGAUGACAAUGGCAAGCCAUACGUCUUGAAUUCUGUCAGGAAGGCCGAGGCCCAAAUUGCAACCAAGAAAAUGGACAAAGAAUACCUCCCCAUUGCUGGUCUGCCAGAAUUCAACAAGGCCUGUGCAGAGCUGGCGCUAGGAGCCAACAGUGAAGUGAUCAAAAGCGGAAGGUAUAUCACUGUGCAGUCCAUCUCUGGAACUGGAUCACUGCGGAUUGGUGCUAGCUUUCUGCAACGGUUCUACAAGAACAGCCGAGAGAUCUAUCUGCCCAAACCAUCCUGGGGCAACCACACACCUGUCUUCAGGGAUGCUGGCAUGGAAGUCAAAAGUUACCGCUAUUUUGAUCCAAAGAACUGUGGCUUUGAUGUUGCUGGGGCACUAGAGGAUAUAUCGAAAGUUCCAGAACAAGCUGUCAUCCUGUUUCACGCCUGUGCACACAACCCAACUGGAGUAGACCCGAAGACUGAACAAUGGAAGGAGCUGGCAGCAGUCGUCAAGAAAAGAAAUCUUUUGCCAUUCUUCGACAUGGCUUACCAGGGUUUUGCAAGUGGAGAUGCUGACAGAGAUGCCUGGGCUGUGCGCUAUUUCCUUGAGCAGGGCAUUAACAUUGUUCUAUCACAGUCCUAUGCCAAGAACAUGGGGCUGUAUGGUGAGCGUAUCGGUGGAUUUACAGUAAUCUGCAGCGAUCCCGAUGAAGCAAAGAGGGUGGAGUCGCAGCUGAAGAUCCUGAUCCGGCCCAUGUAUUCGAACCCACCGAUAAAUGGAGCCCGUAUUGCCGCCACCAUCAUGAACACACCAGAGCUCCGAAAAGAAUGGCUGGAAGAGGUGAAGGAGAUGGCAAACCGCAUCAUCAGUAUGAGAGAGCAGCUGGUGUCAUACUUGAAGAAGGAAGGCUCGAUCCGCAACUGGCAGCACGUCACCGACCAGAUCGGAAUGUUCUGCUUCUCGGGGCUCAAGCCAGAGCAGGUGGAGCGCCUAACAAAAGAAUUCUCCGUUUACAUGACCAAGGAUGGUCGAAUCUCUAUGGCUGGGGUCAGCUCUGGCAACGUGGAGUACCUUGCACAUGCCAUCCACCAAGUCUCCAAAUAAAACACCAGAGAAAGGGGAAGACCCGAGGGCAAGAACCUCAGCUUUCAACCACAGCCAGAACCAGGAGUAUUCUGUUCAAAGUUUAGCAGUCAGAUACUGUUACUAUCUGCUGGAUGUUCAUUAUAGAAAGGUCCAGUGUGAGGCUGGGAGGAAACACAGCCUUUCAGCACCUUGUGGAGUUUAUUGGAGAAUAUAGAGCUGGCCCAUUGAGAUAUUAACUCUUUUGGUGACUGCAGCUCUAUAUUCCCAAUGGAUCCACUAAAGAUGAGAGUUUUCGGGUCUGCUUUGUAAAUUAGCUGUGGCUGAGAUGCAGUAUCUGCUGCCUACUCUUCCUCAAAGACUCUGGCUUGUACAGCUGACAUGAUUAAAAUUUCCCUUUGCAACUGGUCUACACCAAGCCCCUGUGCAAACUCCCCUUUUCUAAUCUUGCCUGAUUUGUUUUCCCCACAGCCCUCAGAAUGAAUCAGUCACCCAUCUGUUUGCAUUUGACCCAUACUGAUACUGUUGGUUAUGCCCAUGUUUCACAUGUUGCAAGCUUCGUCGCCAGCAGCAGUCAGUACUGCUAUCCUGCAGCUUUCUUAUUCCAUAAUGCUUUUAUCAAUGUCACGUCAGUCACCCUCCCAUGUUAAGUAGAUGCAAGGGUCUUAGCUUUGAGGCUGGUCGUUUGGCUUCACAUUUGUUCUUGAAUUGUUAUCGGUCAGUGGUUGGUCAGAAAGGAGCAUUUAAGUCGUCAUGAGGACUGACCUGGAAAUUGUGCGAUCAUGCUCAGUGAAGGCUGUAGUCUGGAACUGCAACAGACUCGUAUCACGGCAGAACUGGUUUAGUAGUGUGUGGUCCACUGAUUGUAGUUAGCGGGUUUGGGUGGGAUUGGUUGGGUUAAGUGUUGCGUUCACGGUUGCCUGUUUCAAAAAAUGAAAAUGUUUGACCCCAAUGCUUGCCAAAAGGCAGCGCAGUACUUGAAGGUCCAGCCAGAAGGUACACGGCUGUGGUGGUAAGCUCGGAUUUGCUGCAAAUUGUUAAAUUCUGUUUCAAAUCUAGGCUCUUACAAACCUGUACUUGUGACUCAAUAAAAUGGUUCCUUUAAUGAUCAGUA